AUGGUUGACAUAUUAACAAAUAAAAAUCUUUCACGUGAAGAUCAAGUACGAGAAUUACAAGAAACUGUUGAUAAUCUUGGAAAAUUUGUUAGUUCAGUUCAAUCAAGUGAAUUUAAAGGUAAAAUUGUUGAAACUAAAACAUAUGAUGAAAUAAUUGAAAAUGAAUUAAAAAAACUUGAUGUAGAGAAUUUAACAAGACAUGUUCAUUUCUUAACAUUAUUUUUACCUGAACAAUUUCUUAAACGUGGUGCUGAUCAACGAUUAAUUGAUCAAUUAAAUUUUGAUGAUGUUGUUAAAUCACAUCGUGCAGAACAAUGGAGUUUUUCAUGUAAACUUUCACAAUCAUUAUCAAUUUUUCAAAUGAUUCUUCGAAAAUUUGUCAAGUACGAUUCUUUUUUUUGUCUUUAA